AUGCCGGACAUCAGCGAGGAGACGCUGCGGAAGCUGCUCAAGGAACACCGAGAAGCGGUUGGGCAGAAGGAAAGGUCCGGCCUAUCGCAGGACGUUCUUGUUAUGCUGCCGCUGGGGAGGCCCUACCCUACGACACACGAGGCUGUUUUGAGCAAGUUCCAGGGCUUGCUGAAGGAGUUGGAGGGCAAGAAAUUCGAGAACGAGGCCCGAUGUCUUGACGUCUUUGUACUAGGAAGGGAGUACGGUUCCCAACUCGAGAUGGUCGGUAACCUUGCCUACGCAAAGACUUUGUACAAGGGCGCCCUCCAGGUGGCACGGAAUUCCGCGGGCAAGAAAGCGCUGGCGCGAGUUUACGGGAAGCGGUGCAAUGAGGGCAUCCUGCUGCAAUACCUGGGCCUCCUCUCUAAGAAGCAGAGAAGGUUAAAAAAGGCGGAAGAGUACUAUCUGGAGGCUCUGGAAGUGCCGGGAGUUACUCUUGCGCUGAUGGACACUGUGAUUCACCAAUUGCAUAUGCUCUACAUGAACACAGGCGAUAUCGUCAAGGUCAAGAACACCCACAAGAGAAAAAUCGACAAGGCGUACGACUGCCUCCAGCGGGGCUACUCCAUCGCCUGCAAGGUUCGAGAGCCAAACUAUGCGGAGAGCACUUCUGGGAAUCCCACUGCCGCUUUUCUAGGUCAUCCUGCGUACCGGACCGUCAAACAGCAACACCUGCAAGCGCAUAUGCUGGCGUUCAUGGGGCGCAUCCGCUUUCACCAAGGGCGCGACCAAGAGGCCCUGCCGUUUUUUGAGCGGGCGUUCAGCAUGCCGUACGAGCAGCAAAACCCGGACAUGGCGGUCUACAUGAACGACUACGGACGGAUUGACACGGCGAUCGAGUGCGUCGCCGCCGCUAGAAAGUCCGCCCGGAGUAACGUGUUCUCGGACAUCGGACGUCAAACGACGGGUGACGUGGUACGGCCCGACUUCAACAUCACGUGCGGAGCGUGCGCAAAGACGGAAGCGGAGGGCACGAAAUUCAAGGUUUGCAGUAAAUGCAAGCGGGUCAAAUACUGUUCGGCGGAAUGUCAAAAGAACGACUGGAAGGCCCACAAAAAGAUUUGUCGGCCCCUCCCAGUAUAG